AUGUCAAAUCAUUCACAACGAGAGCUUAACCCCACCAAUUCUCAGGUUUUGGAUUCUUCGCUUCCUUCUGAGCCACCCGAUAUUGGAAACUGGUUCUCUAGCUAUGUUUACGAGUCUCCAGAAUUGAAUAAUCGUGAUGAUUUUGAAGAUUAUGAUGGUCCUAAAUCCAGAAUAAAUUAUAUUGCAAAUGGAAAGGAAGGUAAAUUGAUUGACAAUGGGAUGGUGGGAAAAUGUAUUAAUUCUGGAGAUAUGGGAUCUUCUUAUGGCUUCAGUAAAUGUGAUGGAUCAGAAGAUUCUGAAUCAGAGGUUUUACGUUCUCUAGACUCGGCUUCCCUUCUUACUGAGCCACCCGGUAUUCAGAAUUGGUACUCAAGCUAUGCAUAUGAAUCUCUGGAAUUAAAUACUUUAGAAGGUUUCAAAGACUGUGAUGGAUCCAGAGUAAAUGAUUCUGCAAAUGAAAAAGAUAUCAACUUAAGUGAAAAUGGAUCGGAUGGUAAACAAAAUCAUGCUUUUAUUGCUGGAGAGAAGGGGUCUUCUUAUGUCUUCACUAAGAGAAAUGACCCCCGUGAAUUUUCUGAUUUUAAAUCUGCAGCAGAGAUCUCGGUAUCUUCAGAUACACAAUCAAUUUUUUCAGAGCCUCCGAACAUUAAGAAUUGGUUCUCGAGCUAUGUGUACGAAUCCUCACCGACAAAUGAUACUAGUUUUACAACUUCUGAUUUUGAAGAAAGGGAAGUUAAUGGAAAGGUAUAUGUAGCUGAAAUAGACAACAGCAAAAUGGAAGAUGAACCUAGGAAUUUCACUGAAGUUGGAAAAUCAAGUGAUUUGUUAAACCAGAGAAGAAUAUCAGCUGUGAUUGUUAAUUGCAACAGCUUGGUUAAAGAGGAAGAGCAUGACCAGCGGCCUAUCAGCGAGGAUGGCCGUCAAGCUGCUGGGAAGCUAAGUUUAUCCGUACUGAAAGACUUGACUUCUGGAAGGAUACCUCAAGAAAUCUCGCGACCAAAGAGACAGCAGAAUCAUGAUAAAGAUUUAAUGGAAGUAAGUAGAAAAUAUGAUGGAGAUUAUAGUGGAAAGUCAGAUUGCCAAAGUUCGGACACGAAAUUAAAUUCUGAAAAUCAGGAUGGAAAAUCUCUUCAGAAGUUGAUUGAGAGGAAGGAUUGCUCUGAGAUUAGCCCUAAAGAGAAACAUCUUCAAGUGGACUGUGAAAGUGUGCAACCUAGCACCUUGAGUUUGACUAUACUCGAACAAAAAUCCAUGAAAAAGCUGGCUGAAAAAAAUGGAAAAGAAAAUAUUGAGGGAACCGAGUUUGCAGAAAAUGGUUUCAUUUCAACGAGAAAGAGCAAAAGCAGUGAAACGAAUAGAGAGAAUAUUGAAAGGCCACAUAGAAUCCAACCAAAGUCUUUGAGAAGUGGGGUAACAUUUUCACAUAACCGGAAUGAGGAUGCUAAGACAACAAGAAAGGUUCUGUGUGAGACGACAAAUUUUCAACAGUAUCCUAAUGCAAUAGAAACUAAAGGAAAAUGGCGUUGUCCUCAGAAGAACAAACCAGAGCUUGGGCCUCCUUUGAAGCAGCUUAGACUAGAGCAAUGGAUUCGUCCAAGUUAA